AUGAAGAUAAGGACGAUUCGAAUUCCUGUCCGUAUGGGUAACUAUACGUAUAGGCUACAUGAUUUUAAAAUAAAAUGCAGAUUUGGGAUUAGACUUUUGAUAUACUUCAUCUUGCUCAUCUUUGUAGGUCCGUAUUUCGGAAACUGGACAACCACAGAAAAGUAUCUGUGCAGAAUUGACGUUUACGCCAGCGAAUGUAGUUUGUCAGAGCGCUUCGGACCAGCAACCGACAGUUUUCGAUGCUCGCCACAGCGAUUUAUGAUAGCAAAACUCGGGUCAAUCAUAAGGUCAUCAGUACUUACAAUUGGAUUUGUAAUGGGACUCUUGUUGGACAUUCUGGGCCCCAAAAUAACAUUUUUGAUUGGUAUACUAAUGAGAAUAGCGACCUGGCUAAUAUUUUCAGUUAAAAACGUUAACAACUCAGCGAUAGUGUUCAGCUCAGUGUUAUUAGGUUUGUCGAGAAACGCAAUAGCAUACCCGACCUUGACCAUUUAUAUGUACACAACUAACUUCAAGGAAUAUGCAACUACAGUAAUGGGUAUAGGAAUUACACUGGCAGGUUUGUAUAUUAUGGUAAUAGAACGUCUGCUCGGUUUCACAGGAGCAGACCCACAUCGCUUUACACUAUACUCAGUACUAAUUACACACAUACCAUGCUUGUUUAUUGGACUUAUACUAUUUCCUUGGAACUCACCAACGCCAAAAGUUAAACACAAGUCAACUAAGUCUAUACAACAGACUGAUGACCAAAUAUCCACAGAUGAUAUGAUAUCUACAGACGAUUUGAUAUCGACAGAUGGGAAGAAUACGCCUAGCUCUGAUUUAACUCUCGCUACCUUUUCUCAAUCUUCAGUUAGAGAUUGCAAGAUUUCAGAACAUAGCUCUAUGGACACAUGUAUAUCUAGUUAUACCAAGGAUGGUAAUGAUAAAGGGUAUAAAGAUAAUACCACUGUGAGAAUUGAAAGAUCAGGAAGUGAAUGCAGUGAUGUGGAUCUGGAUGCACAUGUACAAACAGAAAUAUCAAUGGACGAGUCGCAAUGGAACUUGAGGAAGUUUGUAAAGUAUUUGAAGAGCGUGGAAUACUCAGUUACAUGCUCCUAUUUCGUGCUAAACUUUCUCGACUUCUACUUUAUGCAGAUGAUGUUCUCGACAAUGUACGGAGAAUAUAAUGAUGUGAUGAUUCUGAACGAAUAUUUGGUAUCGUUCAGCUUCAUUUUGACGUUCUUUAUUGGAUUUUUGUACAAAGUAUUCAACCCGGUCACAAUACUGAUUUUCUCAAACAUGUUCGGAAUACUAUCGCACUUCGUAGCGUUUAGCGGUGCGAGAGUGGCGGGCUAUAUCACAGCCUCUUCACUAAUCGCAUACGCCUCAAUACUCUUUACACAGAUCUACAUUUACAUCCAGUCAACGUUUGACUCAAAGUACUUUGGAAGCCUCGUGGGCACCAUCAACACAUUUUCAGGAAUCUCAAUGUUCUUUAACAUUUUGCUCAUUUCUCUCGUCGAGAAGUUCGGUUGCAUCAACUAUAUACACAUCGCAAUGAUUGUUGCGAGGACACUCUUUGAAGUGGCUUUAAUCUUUUUGAACCUAAACCGUAAAAAGAGGACAAAAUCAAUCUAA